CGGCCAAACCACGUCACCAGCGGCUGCGUGCCCCAUUUUAGUUGCUUUCUCGCCGCACGCCGCCGCCGUCGCGGCGUUUCACAGACACAACAAACGCUGCUCCAAGCAGCGGCUUCACCGACCGGCAGCAAUGGCGAGGACGACCAACGGGUGGGCACGAGGGGUGGUGGCGUUCGCGGCGGUGGCAGUCGCGGUAUCAGCGGGGCGGCGGUACAGUUGGGAUGUGGAGGCGGCGGUCGCGGUGUUCAGGCGCGGGAGGGGUGCGCUGGGGCCCUGGGCGGCACCCGCUCACGUCGCCGCCCACGCGCUCACGCUCGCGCUAUGCCCACCCUACGCCAUCUUCUUCGAGGGCGCCGCUGCGCUCUUCUUCGGGUUCCUCCCUGGCGUUGUUUGCGUCUUCUGCGCCAAAAUCCUUGGCGCGUCGCUCUCCUUCUGGAUCGGCAGGGCAAUUUUCAAAUAUUUUACUUCAGCAAUGGAAUGGUUACAAAGAAAUAAGUACUUCCAUGUUGUGGUUAAAGGUGUUGAGAAGGAUGGCUGGAAAUUUGUGUUACUCGCUAGAUUCUCUCCUCUUCCUUCAUACAUCAUCAACUACGCUCUAUCUGCCACUGAUGUUGAAUUUUUCAGAGAUUUUCUCCUUCCUACAAUUGUUGGCUGUUUACCAAUGAUCCUACAGAAUGUUUCCAUUGUAAGCCUUGCUGAUGCAGCGGUGGCCUCCACUACAGGAUCUAAGAAAUCUCAUAUCUAUUCUUAUUUGUUCCCAAUAUUUGGAAUUGUGUCCAGCAUUCUCAUUUCUUUGAGGAUUAAGCAAUACUCUUCUGCCCUUGCAAUUCCGGAAGAGCUUACAAACCCACCCACUAAUGGAAACAUCAAUGAAGAUACCUCUUCUGAGAAAACUACGAAAAGAAGAUGAUUGUUCAAGCAGUAGUCAGAUUUGAGCCUUUGUUGUUUUCCGAGAAUUAUUGUAAGGUAAUACUUGAUGGAAGCUACUGUAGAUGUUAAACCAGAGUUAGAGGUGAUGUGGUGGUUUGCGGUUGUCUUGUUGAAGUGCAUCCACUUGUACUGAAUCUGACACCAUAUUGUAAAAUUUAGACAUGCUCUCUGGAUCAA